AACAACAUCACGGUGGACUUGUUUUUGUUUUUCCACACUUGACGAGCAAGACAGGGAGCUGUUGCGGACUGCUGAUUAGAACGAGUGUUUUAUAAUCAUGGCCAAAAUGGGUGAAAGUGAGAAAGAUCUCGACACUACGAAUGCAGCCAGGGGUGUGUGGCUUGUUAAGGUUCCCAAAUACAUAGCCAACAGGUGGUCGAAAGCCCCUCCAAUGUCAGAAGCCGGCCGUCUGAAAAUCACAAAGGGUCCAAGUGGGAAAUCGGACAUCAGGUUCACAUUGAGUGACGAGUGUGUAAAUAUGAAGGAUCCUGCUGAGAAGUCAGCGAUACCGAAGGAGCAUCGCUUUGUCAUUUCAAACAUAGCCAACCAGAAUUUGGCUGUCUUCUCACAAAACAAAGUUUCCGAAGACGGUGUCGACCACGCAACCGGUAAGGCGUACCUAGAAGGCCAUGUAGUACAGAAAGGAGAAUGUAGGCCAAUGGGCGAUGACCGUUACAUGCAGUUGAAAAGGCAAACCAUCUUAAAAGCCAGUCAGCCACUCCGUCAAGUGAAACAGCUCGACCGAGUUGUGCAGAACUACAAGCCUGUCUCUGACCACAAGCACAACGUGGAGUUUGAGCAGAAGAAGAAAGUGGAAGGAAAGAAGGCACGUGAAGACAAGGACAAGGUUAUGGACAUGCUGUUUGCUGCCUUUGAGAAACACCAAUACUACAACAUCAAGGACCUUGAGAAGAUCACACGACAGCCUGUGCCCUACCUGAAAGAGAUUCUUAAGGAGAUUUGCACGUACAAUGCCAAGAAUCCGCACAAGAACAUGUGGGAACUGAAACCUGAAUAUCGGCACUACAAGGAACAGGAAGCGGCCACAUGACUUGGCGCCAUGCUGUCAUUUUCGAUUUCAAGAGGCUCGCUCCGAAUCAUUUGCGUUCUUCCCUGCAUGAUGGGAACAUUGCAACUCAGUGUUUCUCCAAACACUGUAGUUAUUUGCUUGGGACCCCCAAAAAAACGAAUGUCUUAAAAGUUGCUCCUAUUUAGUGUUGGGCUACGAACAAAAUUUGUAAAUUAUGAAGUAACAGCAACAUCAUGAUGUUUUACCGGAAAAUCGUUAGAGAGGAAGUUCUGAGCUAUUAGCUGUUCAAUCAAUUUAAAACCAUUUUCAUUUUUCCUUCAUUUACACAUGCAUGCAGAUUUUUUAAUUUUAUUUAGAAUUAUCUUGUGAAUCUUGGUUGCAGAAAAUUAAGGGGGAAAAAUCUGUUCAUGGACUCCGAAACAUCGUGUCGCUCAUGACGUGCAAUAAAAGGGGGGCAAGUUUUGUGGACGACAUCAAACGAAGUUUUACACCGUUUCUGACGGGUACAAUAAAGACGAAGCAUGCA